AUGGAAAGGGGUGUGUGUGGGUGUGGUGGGGUUCACAGCAGCAGCAAGAGGCGGAUCGAGGUGCAGAAGCGGGGUUCACAGCAGCAAGGAAAAAGGGAUGCGAAGCAGCAGGAGGGCGCUCCAAAGAGCCAGUUCAGGCAACGGUGGAGACUGAGGCAGCAGCAGUUGGAGGGCUCAGGCUGCAGCGAUAGUGUUUGUGCAGCAAGCAUGGGGAUUCGGGCCAAGGAGAUGGAGGUUCAGGGCGCAGGGGCGGGGCACUUGGGGGCUUGCAAAGACGGGAAUCGAGGGGUGCAAGGAUGCGGAUCAGGCCGCAAGGACAGGGAACGGGCCGCAAAGAGAGGAUCGGGCCGCAGGGACGGAAUCCGGGCUACAAGUACCGGGGACUCGGGCCGCAGAAACGGGGUUUGCGCAGAGGCAGGGUUAGGGUCAGGAGGCACCAGGCGCCCGCCGGGAAGAUUCUGUGGCAGGAGCCGCCCCUCCCCCAGGCCCGCCGGCCCGCGCGGCCUCCAAACCGCCCGGCGGAACCAAGAGGCGAUCCGGGCCGGGCUCACCGGCGCCCAGGCAAACCCUAAGAGGCGCCCAAGUCUAGGCUGCAAGGCCGCGGCGGCCCCAACGGCGCCCGACAACCGCCGCCGCCCGCCCCCGCGCUCACCGCCUCCGCCGCCGCGCCGCUCCCCGCGGGCCGGGGGCGGAGCCUGCCUCGCGGCGGCGCCAAAGCCCACCUCUACCGUCACCCAAUGA